AUGGCGUCGGCCGCGUACGACAACUUGUGCUUCGAGAUCUACGAGGAGAUAUACCGGCGGCUCGAGCGGAGAGACGAAGACCAGCUGCGGUUUGCGGCUAAGGGCACGGCCAAAAAGGUGCUGCGGCGCGAGAACUUGCUUCGAUUCUUCCGGAGCCUUGUCGUCCCUCACCUGACGGCCCUGCAGCAGUUUAGCCACGACGAGGACGAGCUGGUCGAGAGGGUCAACAAGCGGAACCUGCACGAUUUUCUGGCCAUUUUGAUCUUCGGCACCUGUCGCAUCGAAGCAGCAUGGACCUUCACGCGCGAGCUGGUGGCCCGCGAUGAGUGGCCGGUCCGCCGCCGCGGCAAGACGCUGGGCCUCCUCCCUGCCGAGCGCGACGACCUGAUCGACCUCUUUGGCAACGUCGUCGCUGCCGACAAGUUCUUCGGCAACCAGGCCUGCUUCAGCACCGUCGUCAUCCGCAAGCGCGAGGAGGUCCGCGUGAGAGACCCCCAGGGCCAGAGGCUGCCCUAUCUCGAGGAGCAGGCUCUGGCCAAGGGCUCUUUUGGCAAAGUCUUCAAGGUCAAGAUCGCCAGGGGCCACUUCUACGAUCCCCAGACUGGCAUGGGAAACCUCGCCCCCCUCGACAUGGCUCGCAAGGACUACCUCGUCAGCAGCGAGUUUCCUGCUAGAGGCGAGCGCGAGAUCAUGGAGAAGAUCCUCACUAGCUCCGCCCGCGCCUGCCAGAAUAUCCUCGAGAACUACGGUAGCCUCGAGGUCGGCCCCUCGACCUACAGCCUGUUCAUGCCGCUGGCCAUCUGCGACCUCCGCGCCUACAUGAUGGAGCAUCACCAAGCACGCCCCAACACCAUGGCCGAAAAGGCCAACAUGAUCCUCUCUGCCGAGGGCCUGGCCGGCGGCUUGAACUUCCUCCACACCGAGAUGGAGACGUCUGACCGGGAGAAGCUGGUGUGCUACCACAUGGACCUCAAGCCCAGCAACAUCCUCAUCUUCCGCGAGGCUGGCGACGACCCGACCCGAGACCACGCCAUCUGGAAGCUGAGCGACUUUGGCAUGGCCCGCGUCAAGCUGCGCCGAGCCGGCCAGGACACGGAGCGGGAAAAGGAUUUCAACAGCUGGUUCGUCCGCCGCCAGAAGCCCCCCGACCCGUCUCUCUCGGCCACGCUGAAUCGACGUGGAGAGGGCACCUAUCUCGCCCCCGAGUCGGUCUCGUCGACUAAGAGCAUGAAGGCCGAGAGCGACGUGUGGUCCCUGGCUUGUGUGAUAAGCGUCGUCUUCGCCUACCUCGAGGAAGGCAGCGACGGCAUCGAACGAUACCAAGACGCCCGCCUGGCUCACCCUAAUGCCAACGGCUUCGAUCGUUUCUUCCUCCGGGGCACGCGAUUUACGUCUACAAAAGUCCAUCCGGCGGUCCACAAAUGGCAUGCGCGACUUAUCGAUAGGGCAGCCGAGCGAGAUCCGGCGGAGGCGGAAGUGGUGAAGUUUAUGCUGCGAUAUCUCGAGGAGGCAGUGUUUGACGUCGAGCCGUUUCCCAAACGGCAUGGGGCGAAGAAUGUUCGAGACAUGUUGCUGAAAACAUUUAAAAAGUACAAGAGCCUGGGAGAAACACAGAGGGACAAGGAAUCGGAGGCCGGACGCCUCAAACCCCUCGGAAGCACCACGCUGCCGGAGUCACCGGCACGCGGACAGGUGCAAGGAUGGUAUUUGUCCAGCACCGAGGCGUCCAAGGCCUGCAAGAUCUCUCCAGAAGGAUCCCUCGUCGCAUACUGGACCGACGUCAAAAUUUCGCUAUACACGUCGCAGUCCCUUUACUCCAGCAAGGGUGACGAGGCAGCACCUGCAGCAGAACAUCUCCUUGUGGCGACAGACUGCAUCUUAAAGGGCGUCUGCUUGACGCAAAGGUAUCUCGUUGCGUCGACUACGGGUGCUAACUUCAACUGCUACAUAUUCGACCUUCAACGCGGCACCUCGGUCGAUGCCAGCCUCGACCAUUGGUACCGGCUUACUCUCCCCCUCCCCGAAAUACACAGGCUUGCCAUCUCGCCCGACGGCAAGACAGUGGCGUGCAUUCUGAGGGACAAAGAAGGAGAACAGAACCCCUGCUCUCUAUUCACGGCGUCGGUGGCAGAUCUUAUUAAAUACUCGAAGAGACCACCAUCCUCCUCAACCGACGAGGCCUCGAUGUCGGCAGACGCAAGCAAUACCUCGAUCACAAUAGCGAUGGAACCUUGGGAACUGGAAAAGCUAGACUGGCCUGCACCAGCUGUAACCCACGUAUCUUUUUCCGGAAAAGACGAUAUAUACCUGGUGGUGCGGCCGGAACUGACUGCAAAAAGCCGCGUUCAUCAAAUUCCCAUUGUUCACUUGUCUCUCGCCAACAGAACAAUGGAAAGCGUCAUAAUCGAGUCGCGGGGACUCGACAACAGCAGCUCCGCAGGCCUUCUGACAACAUUCGCCCCGUUCCACAACGAUCCCGCAACGUGCGCUGUCGUCACUCGAGAGAAUUGCCUCCACAUCCAAAACUUAACCGAAAGCGAACCGAUUCCCCCGAUACACAAGGGCCUCAAGAACUACCGGGUGCUGAAGCUGAUGAUGGACUGGCACGACGACAAGAUGUUUGCGCUCGGCACGACGCCUCUGAACCAGCGGCUGCUUCUCUUGGAGCUCACGGUCCCACGCUCCGAGGCAGAGAAGGUCGAGGUUAGGGAGCUGGCGCAGCUUCCCGGCUUGUCUCAUAACGACGAGUUCACCGUGCGGCUCUCGGACGAGGCCGGCGAGAAAUACAUUCUGGUCGCUGCAUUGGUCGGUGCAAACCGCCGGGCAAUCUACCGGGCGCGUCUCUCAGAGCCAGAAGUGGAGUAA